CGCUCACCGUUCCGCAGUUAUCCAUUUCCAAAAGAUGCGGCUGCUCUCAGCUACCACCCUGUGCGGCGCCGGCGGCCGCGCCACAACAGCGCUGCGGGCGCUGCUGGGCUCGGUUCCGGCCGGCCCUUCGUCACCGGCCUCCGCCUCCAGCAGUAACCCCGCCUGCGACAGCAGUGGCAUUGGCAGUGUUGGGUCUUACACCAGCCGUGGAGGCGACGCCCGCGGCUGCAGCAGCACUGAGCUGCAGCCGCGGGCGCUGCAGCUGACGGCGCACCGUGGGUCUGACAGCAUCCGUGGCAGCGGCGCCACCGUAAACAGCGGCAGCAGCCAAUUUAUUAGAAUGCUGGUGCUACGGGGCACAGUGGCCCGCCUCGGCUGCGGCAGCGGCGGAAGCGACGGUCUGGCCACUCGGCCGAUUUACUGGAGACGCGCGGCUCUGCUGCACACUAGCGCCGGAGCCUGCGGAAGGGAGACUGGGGGUGGUGACAUUAACAAUGCGGCUGCAGGCACACGGGAGGCGCCUGUCGAGCCGCCGCACGAGCAGCACGGCAACAGUGCCGCGAUUCUGCGGGAGCUGGAAGAUGCGGAGCGUGGUGGCGACCCCGCAUCAGUGCUGCAGGUGGUGGAGCGGCUGGGUCAUGAGUUUGAUGAGGCGGCGCUGGUGGCCGCACUGAGGGCAGUGUCACACACCGCUGCCGGCACAGGCGGCAGCGAGCAGCCAGACGUCGGCGGUGCAGGGCGGCUGGCGGCCAACUCCACCUAUCAGUCCCUGCUAAGCAUGGUGGUGGCGGGCUCUGAGCGGCUGAGCCCGGCACAGGCGGUGGAGGUGGCGGCCAGCCUGGGGCGGCUGCAUCUGGAGGACCAGAUGGUGUUGGACUGCCUGGGUCGGAACUUGGUGUCCCGCCUGCACGAGCUGUCAGGCAGCCAGCUGGCAGACCUGGUGGAGGCGUACGCCGACAGCAACGCCAGCCCCGGCAAGGUGCUCGCGGACGCGGUGCAUCAGCGCCUGGCGGGAGGCAGCAGCGGGGGCGGCAGUGGCAGUCAGCAGCAGCAGCAGCAGCAGCAGCCGGUGGAUGAGGGUCGUGUGAUGAAGGGCCGGGCUACUGCAGACGGUGUGCAGCUCGGCACGGCGGGGCCGGGUGAAGAGCGGUCUGGCAGCGUGGGGCUGGGAGAGCUGCAGGGGGAGGACGCUGAACGGGUCCGGCGGGGCCUGGACCGCCUGGGGUACGGAGCGCCGGGCGCUGCCGGUGCGCCCCCCCGCCAGGGGCAGAGCGACCGGAGCCAGGGGGUAGACUACGCGUGAAAGGCUUAGAGUGGGAGCUGUCUUCGAUGGGAACUUAGGUGAGAGGGGGCUAGUCCUGCACACAUGCCUCCGCCGUGUUGGUAGUGUUGGACGUACACGCAUCAACUGUACGAGUAUGCAAGGAUUAUAUGUGCGGGGACUAGCCGUAGUCCAUGUUGCUGACACGAGCUGGUGUGCGUUCUAAGGUCUUGGCAUUACCCUCCAGAAACAUUACGCCGGUAUUACUUCGGAAGGCCGGGCAGGCUGGCGUGGGAAGAGGAAUCGACUCCCACUAUCUCAGGCUUAGGUGCCAGGCAUGGAAUGGGAUGACACAUUGUUUUGGCUGCUGCCAGAGCUUGCGAGGUCUGUUCGGGGCUCGCGCGGAAAGUCCGCAGCAGUAACAACUCGGCGAUAUGCUUGCACGCGAGCAACCCCGCGCAUAAGACGGGCCGCCCUCUAUGCCACAUGCUUGUCUUCUGUAAGGUUGCAUAAAA